CCGACAAGCAUGGCAAUCAGAUCUGGCAAAGCUUUCUUUCCCCGUCUUUUAAGUCCUUCCCAGCGUUUGACUAGGCUUACACGCCGACCAAUUUCUACCUCUACGCCUAGAAACCAAACUCUAAAUGCAAGAAACUUCGAUUGUGAGCCGGAAGACCUAUUUAGAUACUCAACUCAGAGGUGGCUCUGGAAUGAGUCCCAGCAGCUACAGAGCAGAUACAUUUCAUUCAACCUGGAUGGUUUGGUUGAGGUCGCCGUGGAAGCUGCUGGUGGCGAUGCAGUCUGCAGUCGAUUCUCCAAAUUACCGGAAGGCAACUUCAACAAGACCUUCCUUGUCUCUAUGAAGGAUAGACGAGAACUGAUCGUCAAAAUUCCGAAUCUGCAACGCGGGGCCGAGUCAUUAUACAACUGCCUCAGAAGUAGCAAUCAUGCAAUACACGAGGGAAAAUCUCAAGCUUCCCGUGCCAAAGGUUCUCGCUUAUUGUUCCCGCGCUGGGAGCAGCAAGUUGGGCUCUGAGUAUGUGAUUAUGGAAAAAGCCGAAGGUAUUGAGCUUGGUCGGAUAUGGGACGAUCUUAAAUCCCGCGACAAACUAUCUAUAGCCAAAGAAAUCAGAUCUAUCACCUGCACUUUAUCCCGGGUGAAGUUUCAUUGUUACGGCGCUCUAUACCGCCGCGUUGACAUCUCCGAGACGGAAAGUAUCAAGAUUGACGACACCUUUGCAAUUGAACCGACAACUGGAAGAGCCUGGUUUGACGAUAAAAGAGAAGAGAUUGAUAUCUAUCGAGGCCCGUGGGCGAACAUAAAAGAGACGAUUAAUGCGCUGGCUCAACGAGAGCUGGCCUAUUUGAAACAAUUCUCAACAUUCCCUCGAGACUGUCAACAGUGUAUUUUCAAUGGGCCUGGCGGCUACCAUCCAACGAAGGAGGCAAAACUAGCCGUUCUACAGGACUUUCUCAAAGUCUAUCAACAUGUCUUACCACACGAGGAUUCACUCAAUGCUGCUAUCCCCGUUUAUCCCAUGUUUCUUGUCACCCACCACCCAUCUCUGAUCGACUAUGACAGACCAAAACCGGAACGAUUUGUGCAACCAGAGCUCCCUGAAGAUAUUCAGAACAUGAAUUCUCAAGAUAAAAAAGGUGCAAAAGAGUUGUUUCUGGCCCAGACACUCUGGCUUUUGUACGAGACCCAGGUUUACAAAGAAGCUCACGAUUUGACCCGCGCAUUCCAAUAUCGAGAGACGCUACAAGCCGAGAUCUUAGGCCUGAUCGGGUCAAUCUUUGAUGACGGAGAACCGCACGUGCAACAGCUUCUCGCUGCUGCCACAGAACCAGAUGCGUGGAAAAAGCUAGUUGAGGAAGAUGGUGAUGGAAACCCAAUCGUCGGCUGUCCGAUACAAUAUAGUCCCCGUGACAUAGAGAGACAAACCGAGGAGUAUACGAAAUGGCAACGGGACGUGGAGAGGAAAGCAAAGGUGCUUGAGGAAAUUGGAGUCUACAGCGGGUGGAACGGAGCCGUUUCGCCGGGAGACUAUGAUGAAGUUGUGAGGCGCCUGGAUCGUGCCAAGAAGAGGUUUUUAGAUCGCGAAUCAAGAAACCCUGAGGAACGAGUAUUAUGGGAAAAAGCGUGGCCCUUUGAGGAUAAAGAAAGCUCAUAG